AUGGGCUCACUGGUGGCCAAACUCCUCCUGCCCACCCUCAGCACUUUGGUCUUUCUCCCCACCAUCAGCAUCGCGGCCAAGCGGCGCUUCCACAUGGAAGCCAUGGUCUACUUCUUCACCAUGUUCUUCGUGGCGAUUUACCAUGCGUGUGAUGGCCCUGGCUUAUCGGUGCUAUGUUUCAUGCGUUAUGACAUCCUGGAGUACUUCAGCAUCUAUGGGACAGCUCUGUCCAUCUGGGUGUCCCUGAUGGCCCUGGCCGAGUUUGAUGAACCAAAGAGAUCGACCUUCACCAUGUUCGGCGUGCUCACCAUCGCUGUGAGGACCUACCAUGACCGCUGGGGAUACGGCAUCUACUCGGGACCCAUUGGGACAGCUGUGCUGGUGAUCACCGUGAAAUGGCUACAAAAGAUGAAGGAGAAGAAAGGGCUGUAUCCAGACAAGAGUGUCUAUACCCAGCAGAUCGGUCCUGGCUUCUGCUUCGGGGCAUUAGCACUGAUGCUGAGGUUCUUCUUUGAGGAGUGGGACUACACCUACGUGCACAGCUUCUACCACUGCGCCCUGGCCAUGGCCUUCGUGCUGCUGCUGCCCAAGGAGAACAAGAAGGCCGGGGGGGCUGGCAGCCCUGCCAGGCUCGACUGCUCCACGCUGUGCUGCUGCGUCUGA